UUAUCUGUGUAGGCAGAAGGCAAGGCAGGCUUUUCACUGUACCUCUGUGCAUGUGAUGAUAAUAAACCAAUUCACCAGUUUAGUGAUUGGUUUUGAGCAGGUGUCUGUAAACGAGUUAACAAAUUGGACUUUGAGCCUGCUUCACUUUGUUUUAACUUUUCUCUGUUUUAAAGUCCAUGUAAACACUUCUCAGUAACAAGGAAGUCUGAGAAAUUCUUCCGCUUUUUAUACAGGGGCAAGCUGUUAAAAAGCACACAACUAUUUUUAAAGAUUAUAGAUUACCUUUGUUUGUCACACGUGCGUCAAAAUAGUGAAGUGCGUUGUUUGUGUCAAUAACCAACACAGUCCGAGGAUGUACUGGGGGCAGCCUGCAAAUCUCACCGUACUUCCGGCAACAACACAGCAAGCCCACAACUUACUAACCCUAACCCAUACAUCUGUGGAACGUGGGAGGAAACUGGAACACCCAGAGGAGAAUGUGUGAACUCGUUCCAGACAGCAGCAGAAACUGAACCCUGAUCUCCCGAUCACUGGCAUUGUAAAGUGCUACACUGACAACUACACCAUGUGCCGCAUUGAACAAUCAGUCAAUGUUGGCCCAGGGGCACACUCGGUUUCAAAGUUCUGAGUAAUCAUUGCCGGCUGUACCCUUGAGUCUCAGAAACGUCCAAUGCAAACACAAGGCUGUGCUAAGUUGAAAUUCAAAUGAAUGGCGAUGGAAUUAUGGGCGCCACAAGUCAAGUUUUCUUCUGAUACAAAGAGAUGCUGAUGAUCUGGCAAUAGAACUGUAGAUCUCUCUUCGCCAUCUGAUGGUCAACAAUUCCACUGCAUGUUCCUGGAACAAAUUAAAGGACUUCCCCAAGCAUCCUUGUUCACUACAAACAACGGGAAGAGCGGAGCUGAGAAGGGGACAUAAUGCCGCCAGGAAUCCAUUACCUUCAGGACUUCUGGACUGAGGAUGAGAACCCAGAUGUGGAGGUUGAAUUUCUGCUGCCGACGGGGAUUUACUUGAACUUCUGUGUGCCUCGCAGUUCGACAAUUAAGUUCAUCAAAAAGUUGCUUUGGCAGCAGGCUCAGCAUCAGCCCCUUUUCCACACUUUGAAUGAGCCCGAUGCCUACGUCUUCACAUGCAUCAACCACACAGCCGAGCAGGAGGAGUUGGAGGAUGAGCGCAGGCGGCUCUGUGAUGUCCGGCCGUUUCUCCCCAUCUUGAAACUUGUAGCCCGCGAAGGAGACCGUGCGGAAAAGCUCAUUAACUCCCAGAUCAGCCUUCUGAUCGGCAAAGGCCUGCACGAGUUUGACAGCGUGCCCGAUUCCGAGGUGAACGAGUUUCGUGGGAGCAUGCGCCAGUUUUGUGAGGAGAAAGCCGGAGAGAGGCAGCGCCGAUCCUGGCAAGAGUGGAUGGAGUACAACUUCCCGCGGGAUUUGGAGCCGAUCCCUGAAGUAGUGAAUAACGGCUGCGCGCUAAAGCAGAACACUCGGAAUAUUGUCAUUAACAUUAAGUUUCAGUCCAAUGAAGAGAGUUUCAGCUUCCAGAUAUCCUCCCAGUCACCUCCUGCUCUUCUGAUGAAACUGGCUAUGAAGAAAAAAGCCACGGUUUUCCGGCACAAAGCAUUUGAAGACCCAGAAGAUUACACUUUACAGGUCAAUGGGACAGAGGAAUAUAUCUACGGCAAAUACCCACUUGGCCGAUUUAAGUACAUCUGUCAUUGUAUGUCCAAUAACCUAACACCGCACCUGACAAUGGUCCAUAGCUCCACAAUAAGGAUGUACCAAGACGAGCAGUCCACUGGCAUGGGGCAAAUCACAAAGAGCCGGACUCAUUCCAAGCCACCACCACUUCCCGUUAAAAAGCAGUCAAGCAUCAGUCUCUGGGACCUGGAUAAGCCUUUUACAAUCACUUUGGUAUCAGGAAGCAAAGUUAAUGCAGAUGAAGGAAUGAAGCUUGUCGUCCAAGCUGGCUUGUUUCACGGGAGUGAGAUGCUCUGCAAGACGGUCUACAGCCAAGAGGUCAACGUGAGCUCUGAGCCUCUGUGGAAUCAGAACCUGGAGUUUGACAUCAAUUUCUGUGACCUUCCACGGAUGACGCGCCUCUGUUUUGCUUUGUACGCGGUGAUCGAAAAGGCCAAAAAGGCUCGGUCGACAAAGAAGAAAUCAAAGAGAGCGGACUGCCCGAUAGCGUGGGUGAACACCAUGGUAUUUGAUUACAAGGACCAGCUGAAGACCGGUGAUGUUUGGUUAUACACGUGGCCGUCAGUGCCGGAUGAAAAGGGAGAGCUACUGAACCCGAUGGGUACCGUGCAGAGUAACCCAAACACCGACAGCACUGCCGCCUUAAAUAUCCGCUUCCAAACUGUGGUACCCCACCCCAUCUACUACCCGUCCAUCGAUAAGAUUCUUGACUUGGGGAGAAAUGGAGAGCGUCUGAAGGCAACACAGCAAGAGCAAUACCAGCUGAGGGAGAUAAUGGAGCGGAAGACGUGCACUGAGUUUUUCGAAGACGAGAAGGACCUCGUGUGGAAGCUGAGAUACGAAGUUCGUGACUAUUUCCCCGAUGCCCUUGCUAAGCUUCUCUCGGUCACCAAGUGGAAUAAACAUGAAGAUGUUGCUCAGGUAAUAUACCUCCUACAGUCAUGGAAAGAAUUGUCUGCACUAAACGCACUCGAGCUUCUGGACUACAGCUUCCCCAGCCGUUACGUUCGCUCUCUGGCCAUAGACUGUCUAAGGAAGUUGAGUGAUGAAGAUCUCCUCCAGUAUCUCCUGCAGUUGGUUCAGGUGUUGAAGUAUGAGCCCUACCUGGAUGCUGAGCUAACCAAGUUCCUACUGGAGAGAGCUUUGACCAACAAAAAAGUUGGACAUUUCCUUUUCUGGCACCUCAGGUCAGAAGUACAUUUACCCGCGGUGUCACUACGAUUUGGAUUAAUCCUGGAGGCGUACUGCCGAGGAACCAACCACCACAUGAAGUCCUUGUUGAAGCAGUGUGAGGCGUUAAAGAAAAUGAAAGCCCUGAAUGACUUUGUGAAGUCCAGCUCCCAGAAGACAACCAAAGCAAAAACAAAAGAGGCCUUGCAUGUGUAUAUGAGGCAGGAGACUUGCAUGGAAGCACUUUCUAACUUCUAUUGUCCAUUAAGUCCCAGUAACCUCCGCAAGGAACUCUGGGUGGAAAAAUGCAAGUUUAUGGAUUCCAAGAUGAAGCCACUGUGGAUUGUUCACAAGAACCAAAGAUCUGAUGGGAAUCUGAUGGGGAUCAUUUUCAAGAAUGGAGAUGAUCUUCGUCAGGAUAUGUUGACAAUACAAAUGAUUCAGUUAAUGGAUGUUCUGUGGAAAAAACAGGGUCUGGACUACAGGAUGAUUCCUUAUGCCUGUCUCUCCACCGGAGAUAAAACGGGAGUGAUCGAGGUGGUUCCACACUCAGAGACCAUCGCAAACAUCCAGCUCAAUAAAAGCAAUAUGGCAGCCACGGCAGCUUUCAAUAAAGAUGCUCUUCUGAACUGGUUGAAGUCAAAGAACCCAGGGGAGGCACUAGAACGAGCCAUUGAAGAGUUCACCCUCUCGUGUGCCGGCUACUGUGUAGCUACCUACGUGCUUGGAAUUGGCGACCGACACAGUGACAAUAUUAUGAUCAGGGAAAACGGACAGCUCUUCCACAUUGACUUCGGACACUUCCUGGGAAACUUUAAGAGCAAGUUUGGCAUCAACAGGGAGCGGGUCCCUUUUAUUUUAACGCACGACUUUGUCCACGUGAUACAGCAAGGAAAAACCAACAAUAGUGAGAAGUUUGAAAGGUUCCGGAAACAUUGUGAACAAGCCUACAUGAUUCUCCGAAAGCACUGCCCCCUCUUCAUUAACCUCUUUGUACUGAUGCAGGCUGCAGGACUUCCUGAGCUCAGCUGUGCCAAAGACAUCCAGUAUCUCAAGGAUUCGCUUGCUUUGGGGAAGACAGAGGAUGAGGCUCUGAGGCACUUCAAAAUGAAGUUCGACGAGGCACUGCGAGAGAGCUGGAAGACCAAAGUGAACUGGAUGGCUCACAAUGUCGCCAAGGACAAUCGGUCAUAGCUGAGUCAUUCAAUCAGCCUCUUCUCAUGAAAGCUCCAAGAGGCAAAGUAAUUGGAAGCAAUGUGUCAGAAUACUACCAAGUCAAUGAGUGAUUGACAAACCAACCUGUGUAUGAAGAAUAUAAAACAUUUUUUCAACUUUUCUUUUGUGAACUUUGAAAGAUGUUUACAAGUGCCCGCUCUGACUGCAGCCUUUCCUGGGUACGGACUUGGCACUGAAUAUCCGAUGUAAAUACCCGCUUUCAGAGGGGCCUUCACCAGUCUGUUGCACUCUGAUAUGACCGGUUACUGUCUCGGAUUUCUCUCCCGUAUUUUAUCUCUUAAGCUGGCGCGGACAGCAGGUCCACGGCCACCAGACUGAUCGGGGAAAGGUCACGUGGAUGACUCUUGGUUCCUAAAACAACUCUCCAUUUCUGGCAGAAGGCCGGUCAAAGAAAUCCCGGAAGAGCAAAACGGUCGACGUCUUCCAAUGUCUCGUCCCCAGCUUGGUGCUGUCUGUCCAAAGUGAGGUGGUCUGCUUCUGUGAAGCAUCGCAACCAGGAAUCCUGUUACCACUGAGAUAGAUUCGUCUGAGGAGUUUCGUCCAUUCCCAGCACAGCUAGGCCUGUAUUCUGCUCCGGCCUUUGGUCUGCCUGGCCUCCGCACAGUGAAUUGUGCCUCACAGCUUGGUGGUUCUACAUCAUGAGUACGAGGCCAUUUUCCCAAGAUAAACCUCUGUAGGCUGUCCCUGCUUCCUCAGUCAGUUCAAUUAUGGAAGAAACGAAUCUUGUUUCAAGUUUUGUGUGAUUGAAAAUGGAUCUGUAGGGUACUAAUUUAAGGUGCUUUGAUACUGAUGGGUACGAAGUCAUCAAUACCUUUUCGUAAUGAAGGUUGCCCAAGCCUCCACUCCUUCUGUCGUAGACGGCGAGGUUGGAUAAGAACCAGUGUUGGGUGACAGCUUAAUUUGUCUCUUUCCAAGCUGCCUUGUCGGUAACGUCAGGGUAACAGGACUUGGUGGGGGUAAAUGGAUUCUGAUUCAUGUGACAGUGUUGAGGGAGGGAGGGAG